UCCUGUGCAAGUUGUAAAAAUGGUUACUGGGGUGUGUCAUGUGAAAAUAAAUGUGUUGGGAGUUGUUCGUCAAACGCGUGCGAAAACUUUUCGGGAAAAUGCACGAGUUGUCUGAUAGGCACAUGGGGAAGCUACUGUGAAAACGUGUGCAAGAAAUCAUGCUCCUGGAGGUGUGAUAUACAUACAGGCGAAUGCGUCUGUAAAGCUGGAUACUGGGGUACAGAUUGCUCGACCAUGUGCAAUGAUUUAAAUUGUGAUGUAUGUUCACAAACAGAUGGAUCGUGUACAAGUUGCAAGCCUGGCUUUUGGGGCGCUAGCUGCGACUACAAAUGCAAGUCAGAUACAUGCCUUCAAUGCUAUAUCAAUAGUGGACUAUGCAGUGUUUGUCCACUUGGACGAUGGGGAACACUUUGUCAGAACAUGUGCAGGCAUGGAUGUCAAUGUUGCAGCAUCUCUUCUGGAGCAUGCUUAUUUAGUUGUCCGGAUGCAGUUGACGCUGUUGGCAAUGAAUUGACAGUCAGUGAGGAGCCGGCACAAGGAAUAGGUUACAUAACAGUUAUCAUCUCUGUGGUUACUAGUUUGGUUGUUGUUGUUACAGGGGUUGGAACAUUUAUCUUCAUUAGAUCUAGAUUCAGACAAACAAAACGCAAGGAAAGUGCGAACAUGCAAGGUUCUUCAUCAGAAAUGUCUGGAACACCGACUACACAAACAUCUCAAAGUACAAGAAAUGAGAUGUACAUCGAUGUUGCAGAGCCUGUCGACACAUCAGAUGAUCAUACUUACGAGAAAAUUAGAAAAUAAAGAAUGUGAUGGAUAUUCAUCUAGGAAAAACAAUUUUACUGCACAAAGUACCACUGGAUGUCCUAUAAAGUUGUAGUUGCAGAAGAACUGUUUAUAUUGUCACACAUCAAUCUCGUGAACAAUAUAUGCAUGAUGAUUGUAUGUAAAUAAUGAAACUUUCUUUGAAACUUUUCUUUCUCUUGGAAAAAAAAACAUAUGAAGCAUUUCAGCAAUGGCAUUCAUGAUAUCACAUGCAUAUCAUUUUAUGCCCCAUUCAAGAUGACGUGGAUAAAGUGUUUGAAUAAACACGCCUUUGUUCGUAAAGUGAGUGUUAAAAAUAUUAUGAUCUAAACUUCCUCAAACCUUAAAUUAGGCGGGACAAUUAAUCGUUAUCGUAUAUGAUGUUGAUAGCGAAUAAAGAAGCUCGCGAAAUCUAUACUAACAUUUAAUAUAUUCUUAACAAAGUGUUUUUGUUAAGGUAUGUACAUGAAUACUUUGUAAAUGCAUUUACAUUUAAAUGUCUACUUUAUGUAAUGUGAAAACCUUACUUACCGUUUUAAAAGGAAGUCAUAUGAAUUGUAUCAACAUAAUAUUUUUUGAAAAUAUGAUAUUAUACUUAAACUUAUGAUGUACUUUAUUUGUACUUGAAUUAAUCAUAGUUUAAUUUUGAUGUAGAUAUGUAGUUAUCUAUAAAGUAGAGUAAAGUUAAACAUUAAAAUAAAUGCGUUUGGUCUACUGUUC